GUGUUGCAACCUGUGACCGACGCAUGCGCAGUCGGUGUUACGACGACAGAGAAAUCGACCGUUGACACUUUCUCGCGUUCAUUUUGAAAUUCCAUAGACUAGUGGUUCCAUGAAAAUUCCAAUUUUGAAAAAGUGCGGGAUGUAUAAAUUGACAGUUUAGUUUUUUUUUUAUCAAACGGGCAAAGGAAUUAAGUUUUCGUUUAGAAAAAAAUGUUGUUUUAUUGUAUGUGAUUACGUUUUUCAAUUUGUGCCCUACAUGUAGUCGAAAAAAAUGAAGCCCUUUAUUAAACAGGCGUUCGUGGUAUCCGGUGCAGCACUGAACAUCAUGGGUCAUGGAUGCGCACACGGCUACCCAGCAGUUUUGUUCGCGCAGUUGAUCAGAGAUGGCGGCCCGGUCACGCUGACUGACCAUGAUACGUCUUGGAUUGCAUCAUCUGUUGGCUUGAUGGGCAUCGUCGGAAACUUCAUAUCUCCAGUUUUCAUGUGGAAACUGGGUCGACAGAAGUCUCACUUCAUCUCUACCAUCCCCGCACUGCUCGGCUGGAUCAUCUUCUUCCUGGGCAACUCGGUUCCAAUGUUCCUACUGGCCAGGUUACUCCACGGGCUAGCUUUAGGACUAAGAACUCCACUCGCUGCAAUCCUUGUAGCUGAAUAUACAGAACCUAGAUACAGGGGCGCGUUUCUUGGCACCUUCGCAAUAUCCCUUGGCCUUGGCAUAUUAUUGUCUCACGUCUGGGGCGCAUACCUAUCCUGGAAAAUGACGGCUGUGGUUUGUUCUAUGUUCCCGAUUAUAUCUAUGGCUAUUAUAAUGCUGUCCCCAGAAUCACCAUAUUGGCUAGUUUCAAAAUCGAGGUUUGAAGAAGCCAAAAAGGCAUUUAAAUGGGUUCGAGGCGAUGGAGAGGAGCAAAGGGAAGAAUUCGAAAAGAUGGUUCAAGCACAAGAACGAGAGACACAAGAAGAUAUGAAAACGGAGAGGAAUAAGAUCUAUAAAUACUCGUGGUUGUCUGUUUCAAGAUAUGUAAUUAAUUCAUUGAAGGCUGUGUUGAAGAUUUUCAAGAAGAAAGAGUUUUAUAAGCCAUCUAUAGUGGCUAUUUGUAUGCUGGUAGUAUUUGAAUUCGGCGGAGCGCACAUGAUACCAGCGUAUGGUAAUGUUAUCCUUCAAGCUGUUUUAAACAAAGAAAGUCUAUCAGAUGUUACUUGGCAAUUCACUGUUAUAGAUUUCCUUAGAACCAUUUGCGCGUUUCUAGCUAUUUUCUUGUUGAAAAAGUAUAAGCGAAGAACGAUCUUAUUCAUAAGUGGAGCCAUGACAGUUUUGUCUUUAACCGCUGUAUCAGUAUUUGUAUAUUUGCGAAACGCUGAAAUUAUUACCCAAGAUUGGUUAUUGGAUACAGUACCAAUGGUUUUAAUGAUAACGUACACUUUGUCGUUUUGUUUAGGCGCUGUACCUUUGAAUUGGGUUAUUUGUGGUGAAGUUUUUCCUUUAGCCUAUCGAAGCUUGGGAUCGACAUUGUCUACUUCAUUUUUAACACCGUCAUUUGUUAUAUCUAUGAAAACAGCACCACAUUUGUACUCGACGAUAGGAGUACAAGGUGCUUUUCUAGUCUAUUCAGCAUUAUUGACAAUAUGCUUAAUAAUUAUGUACUGUUUACUACCAGAGACGAAAGAUAGAACGCUGAUCGAUAUCGAAAAUAGUUUUAAAGGAAUUCGUAAAUCGGACAGAGAAGUACAACUUAGUUUAAUGGAAAAGAAGGAAAUUAAUGCUGUUUAGAUAUAGUUUAGAUUAUUAGUUUUAUCAAUUGAAAAAAUAUGUCAAACAUUAGUUUAUUUUAGUAUGAAAACACAAAUGCAGUCUUAGACUGCUUUUUUAUUUUUUUAAUAUUACUGGAGUAUUGUUUAAAUAUUUUGUGUAAGAAUCUCAGUGAUAUCAGACUUGAUAUUGUAGGUGAAAACGGAUUGUUUGAUACAUUUUUAAGCUCCAAUUUUG